AGUGCAGUGUCCUGGUUUGGAAUCCUGCCCGUCUCCUGGUAACAGUGCUUGCGUAAUAAGUGUCGUUUCAUUUUUGUCAUUAAUAUUUUUUGUAGAGGGCAAAAUUUAUUUAUUUCUAAGUUUAAAUAUACUUCCACCCUCGAGGCCGCAGUUGAAAUUUGUAAAACAUUUGGUCUUUCCCGGUUAUUCUUCACGGCAAGUAGGUACUUAUAAAAUGAUCAUUGAAAUGGUAGCCAAAUAAUUAAGCUCCGAAUUAGUGUCAAUGUAAAAUAAAACGAUUACGUAACAACAUAUGGUGGUCCAAUGGCACAUGUGUUUGCUCAUUCCGCACGUCUUGUCGUGCUGGAAAUGGUGUAUAUAUUAUUAAUAAUAUUUUACAAUUUUAAUGCUUCAAUUAUCAAAUCGCGAUUACAUUCACUAUGGAGCUACGUAGGAACGCUGACGCGACAGGAAAAAAAUAGGUGUUCUUAUCAGAGAACGUUAGCCGCACCUUUUCAAGCGGUGAUAGCGGGCGCGCGCUUCGAAUCGAGCGCUCACUCCGAUUGUCACAUCAGUCUAACACGCUGCAUAGUACUAAGGUCUAAUAUCAUUUCUCAUGUUUGCAGUUUCAAGGAGAGCCGCCGGCUUCACGUCUGAGUUGGACAGGGGAUCUAGACAGUUUGACGUGGAAUGCUGCCAGAUCUAUCUUUCCAGCUCACGCGUGGAGCCGCGAAGUCUACUGCGUCUCACCGCACCAAGUUCUGAGGACAACGUGGAAGAAGUUAAGCGAGUAAAGGGUUAAGUGGAGGUGUGAUCUCUUCACUUUUUUUGGUUAAAGUGAGAUUCAACUCCUCCAACUUAACCCUGACUUGCACGAUCUACACAGACGAGGCGGACCAAGUUAUGAAAACCAAUUUUAUUGGAGAUUUUAUUUAUUGUCGCAAUUCUUGACCGUUAUUAACAAGCAUUUUAUAUUUUUUGUUUUAUGAGUGAUUUCAAAAUGUUUGUUAAAAAAAAGUUAUUUGAUAGGUACGGAAUUUAUUUUUGUAUGAUUAAACUUAACGAUAACAAACCGCAUCAUAUUAUAAUAAUUGCAUAUCGUAAAAAAACAUUCUUGGUACAAUUGUUAUUAAAAUAAUCUUAUUUAUUUUAAACAUGAAAUGACAUUUAAUUGACACUUGUUUUAUUUUAACUUUAAGAUACAACACUCAAAAAGGAGUCCAUUUUAAUAGUAGUAGCACAUUAAUGAAACUUUGGCGCCACUGUGCGCGCUUGAGUAUUAUUCGAGACCCACCGCCCUAUAGACUAGUCUGAAGUGCAUCACAAAUCACUAGAAAAAAAUCACAACACCCAAAACAAAAAAUGGGCAAAAAAACGUUGGUAACACCGGUGCGCUAAAAAAGCUUGCAAACUUCACGCACCUAACCUGCGCUGGACAUCGACUCGUCCGUAUUCUCUAAACUCUGGGAAAAUGUAUAUUGAUUUUUCAAAGAAAAGUCAACCGAUGUAACAAAACACCGUUCGCGGAGUGUUUAUACGUGUUUAGAAGCGUCGCGGUCGAUGUGCUGUGUCGUCGAGAUGGUGCGACGGUGUAUCUCGGCGCGUUCCCAGUGAGAUCGGAGAGUGUUGCGUCGCGCGGCCGACGGCCCGACGGCCCGGAGCCCGGCCGUCCGCCGGGGCCUGGGCGCGCCAUGGACGCCGGCGCCGCGGACCCGCUGCGAGCGGCCAGGCCGUGAGUAUCAGAGCCGUGUGCCCAGUGCUGAGGCGCUUGUGCCGAUGUUGCGAACCACACCGCCGCGCGGAUUAUUUCGGUCGCCGCGAGCCCAUCCGAGGUUGCGAAACGUCCCGUGCGCUUUCCGCGGUCCGCGCUCGCCUCUCGACUCUCGUCGCAGCGAGCGGCGGAGUCGCGGGGCUACAUUCUCUCGCCCGGAGUGCGUCGUCACGGCCUCCGUGGCGUUGCGCCAUUUCGAAACGCUCGCGUCUGUCCUCCGUCCUCCACCGCGCCCGCGUUCCGAGGAGCGAGGACACGGAGCCGCAGGGCUGAUAGCAAUCGGGCGGCGCGGCAACCGAGCGUGACCGCGCGCGCUCAUGCCCGGCGCCCGACAUGAAUGAGCGGCCCAGCGGUUCGCCACCGCUGGGUAAACAUCGUAAAUCAGAGCCGUGUUUACAGUUUUUGCUCGCCCCGUCUUUGUCCGGCGCGGGCGGCGCCGCGCGGCGAGCUAGUGCGCGCUAGCCCGCCGAGCGCCCGUGUCGCCCGCGGCACGUCCGAGUGAAUUAUGGCUAGGUGCAUAUACGCCGUGCACUACACUACACUACACAUACCUACACCGCACGCAUAGCUAUAGCUGUGUGCAGCGAAGGCUGUACCUACCUACUCAAACAAAGCAUUUCGCCCACAAAUCCAUAGUGCGGGGCUCCCGCGCCGGACCUCGCUAGUUGCACGACCGCGCGCCGCUCCCGACCCCGGUCCCGGUGAUGUCACGCGAUAUUACUGAGUUUUCCAAACAUCUGUGACUGUCAAUUGUUAAUUUUAGUCUGCAUUUUGAGGUUAGGUUGUGAUUUGUGCCAUUAAUGCGAGUCUCGCUCGUGUCGGGGCCGUGAACCGGGGCCAGGGCCGCGUGCGGAGCCCUGUCGGCUCGGGGGCGCAGCCUCGCGUGCGCGGGCGUGGAGUGUGCAGUGUUGGUGCAUUGUUUAGUGUGCAGUGAUGGCAGUGAGAACAUAGUGCAGUGACAAGUGCUUUUAGUGCCGGAUACCACAACAUCAGUGUGGAGACUUUGCCGGCCCAUGUAUUACAGGCCGUCCUAAUGCUCAGGGAGGAGGGCUCAGAGAAGAAGGGCUCGGAGGGGCAGGACGAUGGCUACGAGACGAGCAACAGCGGCGAGGCACGCCGCAAGCCCUCCAGCGCGGAGGGCUCCCCCGCGCCCGUCGCCCCCGCGCCUCCUGUUCCACACGAUCCCUCCCCAGCCCCACCCACCCCGCACAACCCCUCCCCCGAGCAAGAGCUCGAGCCGGAACCCGAACACGAGCCUGAACCUUACGAGCUGAUGCAACGCCAUUACCCUUAUAGACAUUUCGAGCAGCCCCAACCGCAGCCCGAUUACCCUUUCUUCCCUAAAUACUCGGACCCGUACGGGUUCAAGCGCGAGCCCGACGCGCCGUACGACAUGUCCCAUCACGGCCACCACUACCAGCCGCAGCCACAUCCACACCAACAUCCACACCAGCAACACCAUAAAAGAGACGAAGACAUGUAUAAUGGUGUUAAACGUGAAUGCGACGACCCUUAUUCCUUCGUUGAAGAGGACGCGAUGUGCGCGAUGCUCGGCGCCCCGCAGCAUCACACACUGGAGCCGCACCAGCACCACCAGCAGAUGCACCAGCAUCCGCACGCGAUGCACCCGCAGCAUCCGCAGCACCACAUGCAGAUGCAUCCGCAGAUGAUGCUCAACCAGCCGAAGAAGAGAGGGCGGAAGAAGAAGAUUAAGGAUGAGAAUGGGAUGGAGAUAAAACUAGAGGGCCAAGAGGUCCGACCAGUCAAGGAGCGCAAGAAACACGACCGUUUCAACGGCAUGAGCGAGGAGGAGGUGGCGCGCCGCACGCUGCCAGAUCAUCUCGCUGAGAACCUCGACAUCAUCAUUAUCGGCAUCAACCCCGGGCUGUUCGCGGCGUACAAGGGGCACCACUACGCGGGCCCCGGCAACCACUUCUGGAAGUGUCUCUACCUGUCCGGGCUGACCCGGGAGCAGAUGAGCGCCGACGAGGAUUACAAGUUGCUGAACUUCGGCAUCGGGUUCACGAACAUGGUGGGGCGCGCCACCAAGGGCUCCGCCGACCUCACGCGGCGCGAGAUCAAGGAGGGCUCCGCGGCGCUGCUGGACAAGCUGCGCGCCUUCCGCCCCAAGGUGGCGGUGUUCAACGGCAAGCUGAUCUACGAGGUGUUCUCGGGCAAGAAGGACUUCUGCUUCGGCAAGCAGCCCGACACCAUCGCCGGCACCAACACGUACAUGUGGGUGAUGCCGUCGUCGUCAGCGCGCUGCGCGCAGCUGCCUCGGGCGGCCGACAAAGUACCCUUCUACGCGGCGCUCAAGAAGUUCCGCGACUACCUCAACGGCCUCGUGCCUCACAUCGACGAGGCCGAGCUCAUCUUCCCCGACAACACGUCCCGCCGCCCGCAGGAGGAGAUGGAGAUACGCAGACUCACCAUGGAGCCGGAGCCCGGCGACACCAUCAUCCUGGAGGACGGCACGGAGGUGCCGCUGAAGAAGAAGCGCGGGCGGCCGAAGAAGAUCAAGCUGGAGAACGGCGAGGUGGCGCCGCCCGCCCCGCGGGCGCCCCGCCAGCCGCGCGCGCCGCAGCCGCUCGACCCCAACGGCGAGCAGCCGCCCAAGAAGAAGCGGGGGCGGCCCAAGAAGAUCAGGCCCGAGGAGCAACAGUUCCUGCUCCAACAGCAGCAGCAACAACAACAGCAACAGCAACAACAGCAGCAACAGGUGCAUGAUGUGUUGACGCAGUGUUCGCCGCCGCAGGCGCUGCUGCCGCUGCACGAGCAGUUCCCCGCCGCCGCGCCGCCCGCCGAGCUGGAGCUGCUGCCCGACUACCCGCCCUACUUCCAGCACGGCGGCAACAUGGAGUCCGGGAUGGAGGUGGGGCUGGCGCGCUACUCGUCGCCGGGCCCGGGCGGGGGGGGGGGGGGGGCCGGGGGCGCGGGCGCGGCGGGCGCCGGCGCCGGCUUCCCGGCGGCCUCGCCGCGCGGCGUGUACGCCUCGCCGCGCUCGGCCGGCUACUCGCCCGGCCCGCCGCGCCCGCAGGGCACGCCGCAGCCGCAGCAGUACCCGUCGUCGCCGGCCGCGUUCUCGGCGCCGUCGCCGCCGCGCAGCAACCCGUACGGCUCGCCGGCGCGGGGCGGUGUGGGCGUGGGCGUGGGCGGCGUGGGCGUGGGCGUGGGCGGCGUGGGCGGCGGGUACCCGGGCCGCAGCCCGCUGUACGCCGCCUCGCCGGCGCCCUACAGCCACGCGGCCGGCUCGCCGCACGUGCGCCUCGAGGACAGCUACGACCACCGCCAGCCCGACCCGCAGUCGCAGACCCCGCGGCCGUACUCGCGCUCGCCCGCGCCGUUCCCCGCGGCGUCCCCCGCCGCGCACUCGUACACGCCCUCCCCCGCGCACACGCCCUACAGCCAGCACUCCUCCCCCGCGCCGCGCACGCCCUCCGCCGCCUACCCCUCGCACCCGUCCCCCGCGCCGCUGCCGCCCGCGCCGCUCCGCUCCACGGGCAGCGCCGGCUCCUUCGCCGGGGAGCUGUCCAGCGACAUCGGCGCGGCGAUAUCCUCGCCCAACGCCUCGCCGGGGCUCGCGCUGGACUUCGAGCCGCCGCAUGCCGGGGACAGUCGCGAGCGGGAGCGAUCGCCGCUCGGAUCUACCGACAUGCAUCCGGGCAGCGGCAGCGAUGAGUCGCUACAGGAUUAUAACAAGCAGACAAACUCCGGCGUGAGCGAGAUGUCGCCGGGCGGCGUGGCGGGCGCGUUCGGCGCGGGCGCGGGCGCGGCGCUGUACGACGCGGCCGCGGGCGCCGAGCGCCGCGCCUACCCGCACCACGCGCCGCACGCGCCGCACGCGCUGCACGACGCCGCGCACAAGGACCAUUACCACUACCGCGACCAAGGAAGCAACUUGGGUGACAGUCCACGAUUAGACCACUUACAACAGCAUCCCUCCAUGUACUCUAGCAAUUUUAAUAGAUCGACGCCGGAGGGCGGAGGAGAAGGGCCGUUCUCUCCGCACGCGCCCGCCUUCCGCCCGCCCGAACACUCGCGCCCACCCGGGUCGCCGGGCGAGUUCGCGGGCGGCGCCAAGCCGAAGUCGCAAGACGUGGCGUCCAAGUCGCUCUCGGGGCUGGAGUCGCUGGUGGACCAGAUCCCGUCCAUCGCGGACGGGCCGGCGGGCGCGGGGCCGGGGGCCUCGGCCGGCGGCCCCGGCGGCCUCGGCGGCCCCGGCGGCCCCGCGCCCGCGCCCGAGCCCGCCGCGCCCGUGGCCUCGCUGCCCGAGUACGCGCCCGCGCUCUACCCGCCCUACGGCUACGGCUCGCCCGCCUACGCCAACAACGGGUCAGUAUCGCCCCGCCCCGCCUCGCACCAGGUCUACUACGGCUCCUACAACAACGGGUACGGCGCGCCGUUCGUGGGCUACGGCGGCGGCUGGGGCGGGCAGCUGAUGCGGCCGACGCCGGGCUACCUGUCGGAGUGGCAGUACGGCUACAGCGGCGUGCCGGGCGUGCCGGGCGUGCCGGGCGUGGCGUCCGUGGCGUCCGUGGCGUCCGUGGCCUCCGUGGCGUCCGUGGCGGGCAGCUACGCGCCCUACAACGCGCCCUAUUAUAACGGCUACGCGCCGCCCCCCGCGCAUCAUCAGCAGGCGCACUACCUGUCGCCGCCGGCGCUGAUGGAGCUGCACAAGAGCGGCGACGCGGCCGCGCCCGUGCCCGCCGUGCCGUCCGUGCCGUCCGUCGGCUUCGGCGGCUUCUGCUAGCCGGCGCGGCUCCGGCACCGGCCCGCCGCCGACACGGAUCCGGCACGGCCAGAGCUUCGUUUUGACGGACCGGAAUCAUGUAGCAAAAAUUAAAUGUCAUCUGGGAGAGCAUUUUAUCGACGUUUUUAGCCAUCGAUCAUUUUGAUCGUGACUUGAAUAUUAGUGAUUGUGCUGUAAUUAUUGACAUGUUGGCUUGGGGCGAAAAAAGCUAGUAAAGUUAAAGGUCAACGAAAACAUUACAGCUGUCGACUCAAUUGAGUGUCACUCGUAAUUUCAUUGGCUUUACCAGACACACUGCCAAUGUUAUAGAUCUGAUGUUACAAUCACUAGGAUUUAUGAAAAUAAAUUACACGCUGGAAAAGUUUUCAACAGCCAAGAGCGUAUUAAUCAUCGUUCGUUCUGAUUAAAACUAAAGUCAAUAGAGCUUUGGAUUUAUAAUUUAACAGUCGAUAAAAUGAAGUACUUGCUCUUCCUUAUGAGGUUGAAUUGUUGCGAGUUCCGAGCUCCGUUCAUAGCCCUUAUUUGUAAAUAUUGUAUCUUUUGUCCAUCACAUUUUGUAUUAGGUAGAUUGUUUUCGGUCGUUGGCCGGCGGGGCGGCGUUGCACCGUGAAAGGGAUAUUCGGAGUCUUGCCAGUGAAGUUUCGCGUUCUAGUCACUUACUAAUUCGUGUGGGCUAGUCAAAUUUGGAAAUAAUGUCACCGCCUCCCCGCGGGCAGCCGAGCUCGGCCUAUGAUGCGUAUACUUUUUUAUUUAGUUUAGUUUCCGCGUUGGCGGUAUUUAUAAAACGAUUUUAGCAUUUUUAUAUACAACGGAAUAUAUUUUUACUGUCGCCGCUUGUCGGCCAUUUUGUCGUUGCGGUCGGUGACCUCUCGUGUACACUUUUAUUCUUAUAUUUUGUUGCAAUCUCCACGUUGUAAGUAUUUUUGGAUAAUCAUCAAUUGUGGACGCGAUGACGUGCGGAUUCUAUACUGCCUUUAUAAAAUUAAGUUUAAUUAAAUAUUUUUUAUUUAUUUAUUUUAGUUAGUCUCGAUAGUAGCUCGAUUACGAGUUUAAAGUCUAGAGGUGACCGACCGGACAGAGAAGUUACCGUCCGCCGCCGCGCCGGACCGUACGGGACCGUACCGCGCCGUACUGGACCGUACCGGACCGUAACGGAUCGUGUCGGGCGGCGGACUCGGGGCGUCACAACUCUUGUACAAAAUUCUUAACUUAGUGAAAUGAAGUCUUUUCUUUGCACAAACGAUUAAAGUCUUAAGUAUAAGGUAAAAACGAAAUAACAUACGUAAGAAAGACAUAUACGUUAAUGAUAGGUUACCGGGAAGAAUAAGUUGGCGCCGAGCGGCCGCGCGCCGCGGCGCCGAGCGAAUGUUCGCGCCCGAACAUGUUCGCGGGCGAUCGCGAGCCGCUCGCUCCGACACGCGGUCGGAGCCAUGAGACUUGACAUGACAGUUUUUGUAUGAAAUUAGGGUAAAUAUUCUGAGGGCUAUUCUGUGAGACCCGCGGCGUUGAUCGACAUGUGUGUACACCGUGUGAUGUUUGUCGAUGUGCGCGACGUCGUCGAACGUGUAGAGAAUACGGAGUUAGUAUUAAGGAGUCGGGGCGAGCGCGAACGAACGCUCGCGACGCACACGUCAAAAGGGAAAUAUUGUUUUUUUUUUUUACAUGAAAUCAACAGGGUAUUUAAGAUUGCUUAAGGUUUUUAAUUUUAUAUUUAUUAUUUGGUGCGCGAGUUAGUGUUAUCUGCCAUGUUGUUUGUUCUCGAAUAGUCGUGGUGUAUCGAUGGAUACCAUUAUUUUUCAUUUAUUAAUAUUUACGCCAUAAACAUUUGAGUACAUUUUACCAAGGCCCCGUCGCCGCGGCCGCUAGAAGAGUUAAGUACAUAAUCGCGUUCUCAAUAUUUGAGGUCACAUAGUUAAGGCACUAGUCUGUAGGAGCGCUGACGGACGAGCGGCGGCGAGGCCUCUGUACAUAACGAGUGCUUUAUUACGCUUUUUUGAUAUUAUAUUUUUAAAUAUUAAUUUUAUAUUUGUAUACGUUUGCUUUUGUACAAUAACAAUUUAGUUGUAUUUCGGUCAGGCACGUCGGCCGUUGCUCCCAAUUACAAACUAGCUUACGUUUUCGUUAUAAAUCGUUUUUUAUCACACCUUGUGGUUUACAAAAAACUAGAUUGCUUACUAGUUCAACACCAAGACUGGCGAACUACAAGUUGUACGAGAUUGUACGGUGGCUAUGUGGUUCAGAAAAAAACAUAUUUACAGUUCUGCAUUUGCUAAUAAAAGAUGUAGUUUAAAAAAAAAGUUUGUAACGAAUACGUGAUCGAGUUUAACCGUAAAAUAAGGCCAGUCGCAAACGGACAGUAUUAGCGCGGGCGGCACCGCAUCGCCAGCCGGUGUAUAAGAGCACCUUUAUAUAAGAGUGGUCACAUAUGCCAGCCAGUAAGGUGUUUCGGUAUUACUGUCGAAUUACAAUUUUCAUAAUAAAUUUUGUGAUUAAUAUCUUACAAUUAUUAUUUUUUUACGUAUCGCUAGCUAGAUAAAUUAAUUAGGAUUAGUUAGAAUGUGAAAGCUUUCUACUUAUGUUAGCUUCGUUUUCCCUGCUGUAAAGCAAUUUAAUAUAUCUACAGUGGUUAAGCCCAAUGUCGUAUCGUUUUGAACAUGUCGGUAGUUAUUGGAAUUUGACAGUAAUGCUAUUUUGACAGAAGGCUUAUGGCGAUGCUGCCAUCUUUCGAGUUUGGUGCUAGAGUUUCGCCGAGAGACCCCUGUACGUUCACACGUCUCAUUAUAUCGCAACUUGUCAUGUAAAAGUCGUCAGAAUUUACUCUAUAAAGAGGCAAAUCAGUAUAAUUAUAAAUUUAGAUUAUACAUUUUAUGGGAAUGCAAUUUUUCGACGAUUAACACGAUUAAAGUCGGACCAAGCUAACUCUGCAUGUGAUUUCAAUGACAAAGUGUGGAUUUGUCAUAAGUUAGGUCAGAUUUCUCUGAAAAUAACGACGUUCAUACUGACACCUCACUUUGUUAUAUAUAAGCCGGUGCAAUGUUAGUUUAGGCAGAGUGUAGUACUAAUACGUGGCCAGGCUUAGUGUGCCCGUCGCAGGGUCUCCGUGUCCGUAGCACGGCAACGGUUUUGGUGUGCCUGUCGCGGGGUUUCCGUUUCCGUGUAACACGGCAACGGUUUUCCGGCUCAUUCAGCACGGUUAAUUAAACCGGUGUAUUUUACUUUGAAAUGAGAACAAGAGUGUUUAACUCGGUUGAAUGAACAUUUAUAAUGGCACUCCGUCACUUUGUUCUGUUCCAACCGCUGCAAAGUUGGCUUAGACGAACUCUACUUUUCUCGAACAUUAGAAAAAGGCCGUUUACAUCGGAUCGACAGGUUUUUGUUCGAAAGAGUUGUUUUGUAAAGCGGUGUGCUGUCGUAGAGCGGGUCUCUGAUGUUGGCUUGUCAAAGCCCUCGUUAGUUUGUGAUCGUUGCUAAUAGUAUUACGAAUUCUCUUUUUCAUAUUUUCUUAAGGGACUUGUAUUGGUAAAAAAACAUUACAAACUUAUCGCAAAUUGUGCAGUGUGGACGCGGCUAUAUUAUACCUCUCGCGUCGAACGACGGGCCCUAUCACAACUCCUUCGAGUCUCUUGUGAAGAAAUAUAGUCUGUCGAGCCAUUUCCGUUAGUAGAAAAAAGCGGCAAAUUUAAAAAAUGUAGCCGCGAAGGCUUAUCUUCCCAUAGAAAAUUUGAAUUUCGCGCCUUUUUCUACUGACAAAGUUGUUACAGCGGCUAUAUGUUAUAACUGAAUCUGUAUUACUUAAAUAUUACGAUUCUAAAUACAUUCAUGUGCUAAACUUUUAAACAAUGUCAACAAACAUUUUUCGUGACAUUUUCAUAAAAAUGACCUGUCGUAAGGACUAUCUUCCGUCGCGAUCGGUAUAAAUUAUGAGAAGUAUAUUCUCGUUUUAAUUAUAGCGCGCCAUUAGUCGAUCGGCAGUAGAAGUUUGUAAGCCAUCAAACUGCGCAGAAGAAUCUACACGCUUGUUUAGAUUGUAUAAAUUUGUUACUUUUGUAAAUCCCUUUGAAAACCAUAGGUCUACCAAGGCGGUCGGUAAAGUCGCGCGGUGAUGUUUUAGUAGCAGGUACCUCCGUUUUGGGAUUAAAACUAUCACAAAUCAGCUUCAUGUAGCCAAGUCUUCAACCUCCCAGUUCUCGAACGGUAUUAGAUGAAUAAUAUUAGUCCACCAACUGGGGCCUAUUUCUCGAAUGUUAUUACACUAAUAUUAUUAGUAUGUUGCCAUGGUAACCCAUACGAUUUGACAGUUCUUGGGCUAAUAAUAUUAGUCCAAUACCGUUCGAGCAAUGUUCCCAUGGCAACACACUUAGAAUAUUAGGCCACCAACUGUUAAGUCGUAUGGGUUACCGUGGUAACACACUAAUAAUAUUAGACUAAUAACGUUCUAGCAAUGGGCCCCGGUCCGUAGCUAGCUUACCGUAAUAUCUCGUUACCGACCGCCUCAGAUGAUAAAUGUAGCAAGAAUGGUUAUUGCCGGUGGAAAGGUCCGGUUUGUAACGCGGCGCGCGGGCGCAGGGGGCCUACUGCGAAAACCGAAAUUCGCAAAUUGCGGGGAACUUUCUUUUUUACUCUUACUAAGACGUAGUUAGAGUGACAGAAAAAAUGCCCGAAAUUUGCGAACUUCGAUUUUUGCGGUUAUAGCCCUGGUUACAUUUAAGUCGAGCUUCGACGUGUGGAGUUUAGCGGUCGUCGGGUAGCGUAAGUCUGUCAACGAGUUAGCGUUAGGGCGCUUCACUAUUUGUACAGUGUGUAUAUUUUUGUAAAAUUCAAUCUUAAACUUGUGGCAAUAUAUUAAAACUUAAUCUUUAAUAUUAAAAGUUAGUACAAUUGUUAUCCGGAGUCCCGGGGGCGCGGGCGGUUGUGAGUAGUGCUCCCGCGCCGUGCCAAACGACGAGCAAUAUGCGACGCUGAAGCAAUACGAGGGCGACUGAUUGCGUUGCGUUUCCAAAUUACCUUCAUAAUCUCUUUGGUACUAGUCGAAUUUCAGUGAUCACGUGUAGCCAUAACGCAUUUCGCUUCGCUGUAACACGGGCGGCCGCCGCGGCGGCUUAUCCAUUUUUAUUACUCGUAUUUUUGAUUCCCAUUUUUCAAGUACAAAUUUUAGUACUCUAAACCGACAUUAGUAUUGUCUUCGGUUACCGCGAUAGUUACUCAUGGAAUAAAACUAAUCGAAUAAUAUCGCGUAUAAUUUAAAAUGCAUAACAUUUUAAACCGAUAUUGUUGAUACUACAGUCUCUCAUUGGUCGAGCAUAAUAACUCAAUAUUAGUGUUUGAAACUAUAAUAUUUUUCGUGCAAGUAAAUUUAAACUACAUCGACGUUGAACUUAGGUAAAGUCAACCAAUGAUUCAUAGGCCUAGAACCUUGUCGCUUUUACUUACAUACGUGACAUACAUCACUCAAUAAGCACUGUCGUAGAAGAUAAACAAAUCGAUACAUAAUGAUGAUUAAUGGUUCUAUAUUGGUCUAGGAAUCAAAUUGGCUGCCUGCACAGACCUUUUAUGUAAAUGAUAUACUAGCAAAAUAUUUAACUGACUUUUUUGGGCCUUGUCUCUUGGUCUAAUGGAGUAAGUUAACGGUGGGCGAUAAAAGAGAAGAUGCUGCCGCGGCGCCCGCAGCUUGUAGGUAUAAGUUACCGACACCGGCCUGAACGGUGCGGGGUUCGAUUCUAGCUCAAUUUUAUUGAUACUUAAUUAUUAUAACGUUUAUUGUAUUUGCUUGUUAUACACCGUUGAUUAUUAUCUGUAAGGGGCCGCCUGAGCGUUUCAUGACGUGGUUUUACGCCAUUAUGAAAGUGUUUUUUACCAGCGAAUCUUAUAAUCGCUGGUCGGAAUGUCAGAGUGAAAAUUGCUGAACGCCGGGUGCGUUAGGAAAUAAUUAUGAAAUGCUCAGAAGGUUCUAUAGUUUGCAACGCAGGCUAACCUACUGUUUUAUAAUUUACUCUCCCUUUGAACACAGACUGCCGUGUUGUGUAUGUUUAGUAGUUCUGUUAUGUCGGCGACGACUGUUUACUCGUUUACUCGCAUUUCUGACGGUGCUUGUGUUUCCGCGGAGGGUCCUGAGGCCCUACCGCGAAAAUCGAAAUUUCUUUAUCUGCCUUUCUAUCCCUCGAAUACGCAAUCGAUAGAGAGCCAGAUAACGAAAUUCGCGGUAGGCCCCCUGGUCCUGCCCGGGUGGACCCGCCGCACGGACCUGGUCCUGCCCGGGUGGACCCGCCGCACGGACCGCGCGGCGCUACUGUAAAAGGCGCCAUUUGUCUCUUUUUGUAAGGAUUGCACUUCGACAAUUAGUUAAGCAGGUUAACUAAAAUGCUGCUUAUCUUGUGAACGCAAUAGGUUGAUUUAAUUAUAAGAUUCCUGUCUACUAAUUUAGUACUUAAUUUAUACUUUUUUAUUUGUAAUGAACUUGCACUCAAGAUUGAAAACUGGUUUUUUUAGAAAACCUAUACAAAGAGACCAGCUUUGAUUCUUUUGAGUGUAUGUUAAGAUGGUGCUACACCCUCCAAGCGAGCUAGACGUCGAUUAAGGCCUUCUUACACUCAAGUUUCUCAUCACAAUCGAUACUUCGGGGUUUUCUAGAAGAAUAUAUAACCAAAGUGUAAAAGUGCCUUUAGUCGGCGCAUCUUGUCCGCGAUUUCCUUAGUUGCGAUACUUUGUCAAUUAUCAGGACAAUCUGGUGUCAAAGAGCAGUAGGAGUAGUGGCGGCGCGCGGUCCCGCCCGUCGCAACGUUUCGCUAGGUAACAUAAAAUACGUUUGUACAGUUUUAACUAUACUUCUCGUAGUGAACUAAGCAAGAAAUAUUUUUAGUAUAAUAAGAUCUAAUCGAAUUACAUUUUAGUGUAUCAUAUGAAGUACUCGAGGUUUUUCAAAAUUACUUUUAACUUUGUAUGGUCCUUCGUGAGUUUACUUUAAUAAAUAUUAAUGUCUCAUCAGAAACUGACUCCGUGGAAUUUAAAAUUAGAAAUUAAACUGAAAGAAUUUUAAAUAAUGUAAUACAAUAUUAAUAAUGGUUAAGUAAUGUAUUAUAAAUAGUGAUAAGGUAAAAAGUUAUUAACAUUGUAUGGAAAAAUUGUGACAAAAUUAUAGUCAUUUGUAAUAUU